GAAUGUUUAUUUAUUUAUUUAUUUUUUUUAUUCUCUUCCUCAGUGUACCUGGGAAACACCGUGCAGUGCGGUUGUGUGUGUGUCCUCUUUUCAUUUAAACACCAGGGAACGGGACCACAGAGGCACAGGAGGUCAAUUAAGCUGUUUUCAUGCAUAGAGAAGAAUAGAAAGAGGAGGAAAGAAGGAGAAAUGAAGAAGGAGGAAAAAGAAGAAGGAAGGGAAGGAGGAAGACGAGAAGGAAAAGAGGAAAUAUUAAGAAGACAAUAUUUUCACUGAAUUUCCAGCGUUUUAAAGGUGGGGACCAGAUACACCAGGGAACAGUACAGCAAGACAGUCGCACAGUCGUUCCUGGUGCGGCUGAUGCGUUUGAGCAUGUCCAGCGAUGCGGAGGUGCGGCUGACAGUGCAACACAACACAUCCUGCACACACUGCUCCACCGGCACCACAAUGCUCACUACCUGCCCAAACCUACGUCAGUGUCUGGGGGCCUUCAUUGGUUGUUUAUUGUGUGUGUGUGUGUGUGUGUGUGUGUGUUUUCCUUUUAUGUGUGUUGUGUGAGUGUCUGUUUUCUUCUCUUCUUCUUCUAAAUUCUUUGUUUGUUCCUUCUCUUUCUUCUCACUGUUUUCUGUAUUGUCUGUGUGUCUGUUUUCUUCUCUUUCUUAUUUCAUGUAUUCUUACAGAUUCAUUUGUUUAUUUGUUGCAAUGUGUUUUUAAUGAAUAGACAGGAGGUCCUACCCUUCAGUUUUACCAACAAGGGACAAAGAACAAAACAAAAUUAAGAAGCAAUAAAAAAAAAGAAAGUUUAGAGUGCCGUUAGAAAAGUAGAAAAACAAGGCAAGAUUCUCGCGGGCACCGGGCAGAGAGAGAGAGAGAGAGAAUUACUGUACACAAACAAUUCUCUGCUCUCACUUCUCUGCUCUCACUCCUAAGACAAGCAGGCACGCCCACACACUCCCUGCACGCCCACAGGCAGCAGACGAGCAGUAAGGAGAGGCUGAGAGAAAGAGAGGAAGGACCGCGUACUUUGCUGUGCUCCCAGCCCAAGGCAAGCAGGCACGUGCCCACACUGCCACACUCCCUGCACGCCCACAGGGCCACAGGCAGCAGACGAGCCGCAAGGUGCCAGUGACAGGACUCCCUCCGUGCAUCCCUCCUGCAGCCCCAGGCUUCCUGCAGGACCAGACGCAGCCAGGAGCAGCGUUGCAAUGGAGGGUGCAAGGCCAGGAAACAGCAGCAGCAGCAGCAGCAGCAGCAGCAGUGGCAGCAGGAACAGCCUGGAGCAGCGGGCGACCCUGGGCGUGAGGACCUACACUUGUGACCACUGCGGCAAAGUGUGCUCCACCAAGGCUGCCAUUGCCAGACACGUCCUCUCCCAUGCCAGCAAGACAAGGCUGAGAGGCAGGAGUGGCCCCGCUGAACACACUGCCACCCACACUGGUGGCAGGAACCACAAGUGUGACCUCUGCGGGAAGACAUUUGUCCGGAAGAGUCAUCUUGCCUCACACAUCCUCACCCACACUGGGGAGAGAAAGUUCCAGUGCCUGGAGUGUGGCAAAAGAUUUAUUGAGAAAAGUUCCCUUAAGAAACACAUCCUCACCCACACUGGGGAGAGAAAGUUCCAGUGCCUGGAGUGUGGCAAAAGAUUUAUUGAGAAAAGUUCCCUUAAGAAACACAUCCUCACCCACACUGGGGAGAGAAAGUUCCAGUGCCUGGAGUGUGGCAAAAGAUUUAUCCACAAAAGUUAUCUUAACACACACAUCCUCACCCACACUGGGGAGAGAAAGUUCCAGUGCCUGGAGUGUGGGAAAAGAUUUACCCAGAAAAGUAAUCUUAACAAACACAUCCUCACCCACACUGGGGAGAGAAAGUUCCAGUGCCUGGAGUGUGGCAAAAGAUUUACCCAGAAAAGUGAUCUUGACAGACACAUCCUCACCCACACUGGGGAGAGAAAGUUCCAGUGCCUGGAGUGUGGCAAAAGAUUUACCCACAAAAGUCAUCUUAACAGACACAUCCUCACCCACACUGGGGAGAAAAAGUUCCAGUGCCUGGAGUGUGGCAAAAGAUUUAUCCAGAAAGGUGAUCUUAACACACACAUCCUCACCCACACUGGGGAGAGAAAGUUCCAGUGCCUGGAGUGUGGCAAAAGAUUUAUCCACAAAAGUCAUCUUAACACACACAUCCUCACCCACACUGGGGAGAGAAAGUUCCAGUGCCUGGAGUGUGGGAAAAGAUUUACCCAGAAAAGUAAUCUUAACAAACACAUCCUCACCCACACUGGGGAGAGAAAGUUCCAGUGCCUGGAGUGUGGCAAAAGAUUUACCCAGAAAAGUGAUCUUGACAGACACAUCCUCACCCACACUGGGGAGAGAAAGUUCCAGUGCCUGGAGUGUGGCAAAAGAUUUACCCACAAAAGUAAUCUUAACAAACACAUCCUCACCCACACUGGGGAGAGAAAGUUCCAGUGCCUGGAGUGUGGGAAAAGAUUUACCCAGAAAAGUGAUCUUGACAGACACAUCCUCACCCACACUGGGGAGAGAAAGUUCCAGUGCCUGGAGUGUGGGAAAAGAUUUACCCACAAAAGUGAUCUUAACAGACACCUCCUCACCCACACUGGGGAGAGAAAGUUCCAGUGCCUGGAGUGUGGGAAAGGGUUUACCCACAAGGGUUCCCUUGACAGACACAUCCUCACCCACACUGGAAAGAAGAAGAGAAAACAGGCAAAAUCAUAGAUGUUGCAGUCCCCGGUGACUCCGGCCUCAGUAGAGCUGAAAGGCACAAAACUACAAAACAUCACGACCUAAAAAGUGACCAAGAACAACAUGGUCACCGACGGACACUGGUGUGACACCAGUGAGAGAAGCUGCAGCAGAGGAUCACCCAUCAAAGAGAAGAAAUCUGGCAGAUAACAAGCUUCCUGCAAGACCAAAACCACACAAGGAACCUCCUCAAGAAAACAGACAGAAUGACAGCAAGGCGCAGCGCAGGCAGCGGCCGGCCGGCCGGGCGGGAGACCGGCAGGGAGGGGCCGAGCCCCGGCCGAAGCCUUGGCACCACAGAUGAGGACAAAGACAAGAAAAUAAAGGCCAGAAAGAUGAAGAGGCAGCUUGCAGAAAAGCCAGGGGUGGUGUGCAGGCACGUGGCAAAGACCUCAACAGAAGUACAAGACCCGCCCGAGGAAGAAGUGGCCGAGGGAUGCUGCAGGCCACUGCUGCUGGAAGACCCCACGCAGCACCAGGCAGCCCCGGGGAUACAGACCACCACGGUUAAACACACAAGUAAACAACAACAAUGCCAGCCGUUCAGCUUACACAGGAAGGUCUGCUGGCCACAAGACUACUGCCACAAACCAGCUGGCAAUACCACCAGUGACUUGUGGGUGUGGUGUGGUGUGGUGUGGUGACUGGCCACAAGACUACUGCCACAAACCAGCUGGCAAUACCACCAGUGACUUGUGGGUGUGGUGUGGUGUGGUGACUGGCUCAAAGGUUUAUCCUGAAAUGUAAUCUUGACACACAUGCUCACCCACACUGGGGAAAGGAAGUGCAGCAGGUGUGGUGUUUGUGGCUGUGCUCAUCACUUUUUUUCUUUAUUUUUUAGCUUCUUGAUCAGUAAAGUGUUGUCAGCCUUGUACACACAGCUUUGGUUCACUUGCACAAGGUUUUGGGGGCUCGGGGGUGUUCCUAAGGGGGGCACUAACUGUCCAGGGGUGUUCCUGCUUGUUUCUGUCUCUCUGUGUCUCUGGUUUUGGUGUCUCCCUCCCAAACAUUAUUUUCACAACAAGCCACAAACCAUCCCUUCAUUAACACUUAGAUACCUUAACUUAACUCACCCACAAAACUCCCACAAUCUGACUAACUUGUUUUUUGUUUAUUGUUUGUUUAUUUUAUUUAUUUUAUUGAUGUAUUUUUUAUUUGAAAGUAGCCAUAUUCUUAAGGUUUUUAUGGUUCUGUUUAUUAUUGUUUGGGCUGUCCUGUGUUUGUGAUUGCUGGACUCAUAUAGAAAUGGGUAGUUUUAUUAUUAUUAUUAUUUAUUUAUUUAUUUAUUUAUUUAUUUAUUUAUUUUUCUGUAUUAUUUUUGAUGUUUUUAUUAUUUUGUUGUUUAUUUUUGUGUUAUUUAUUUAGCCUGCCUGGCAUACAGUUAGAUUGAGUGUUAUUUUGUUGUUUAUUUGUUUAUAUUGUUUUAUUUUAUUUAGUAUUUGUUUAGUUAAUGAUUUAGUGGUGUUAUUGGUGUUUUUUGUGUUUAUUUGUGUAUUCAGUUUUAUUUACAGCUAUUUAUUGAUUUAUUUUUAUUGAUGUAUUUGUUUUUAGUUUAGAGUCUGGCCAACAGGGAAAAGCUAACAAGAACAAUUAACCCAAAAUUACAAUUACUAUUUCUAUAUGAUUACUUUUCAUAUUAAGGAGACUGGCCAAGGCAAAACACCCUUUGUACAGUGCAACUCCUGAAACAAAAGAGGAGAAAAAUGAUUGAAGUUCCUGAGGUGUCUAAUACUCCUCUUUUGAGACAGGCAGCAGAGUCCCAGAGUGCACCAGUGAAGGGGUGAAACAAUGACAAUACUGCCUGGCUCUUGCACUAGUGAGGUGGACAGAAUAGGGAUGAGAAUAAAGAGAAAUUGUCAUAGGAAAUACAAACUGGCAGACUUUAGAGUGUAACAGUGAAGGGGUUGAAAAAGUGGAGGUACUGUUUAGCUCUUGCACUAGUGGGGUGGACAGAAUAGGAGAGGAUUCUUAAAAGUUUGGCAUUGUUAGCUUGAAAGAUUAUACUUGAAAGAUUAUUUAUUACAUGUUGAAAGGACAGAAUAAGGAUGAAAAUAUAUAGAAAGUCUUGUGAAGAUACUGGUUAACUCUUGUACUAGUGAGGUAGACAGAAUAGGAGGCCAUUCUAACAAGUUUGCCAGUGUUAGUUUGAAAGGCGAUACUUAAAAAAAAGACUUGUUACAUAUUUAAAGGACAGAAUAGGGGUGAAAAUAAAUGAGAAGUAGAAAGUCUUGUUACCAGGGGGACAUGAGAAAAAUUUUGGCAGUGUUAAUGUGUUUGUUACCGACUUUUUUCACCUCGCAUCACCUCUGUCUCUCUCCUGAACCUCUAAAAAAAUAUGUAGAAUGCAUUUAGACAAGUUAGGAAGGAGGUUAAGAGAGAGAGGUGAGAUGAAGUGAGAAUAUUCCUAAGUAUUUUCUGUCAUAACACCUCAUAUCACCUUUUGUCUCCCCUGAACCUCUAAAAAUAUCAACAGUGAGACAUUUAGACAAGUUAGGGAGGUGAAGAGAGAGAGAGAGGUGAGAUGAAGUGACAUUAUUCCUGUCUCUCUCCCAGCUUAAACUUUCAAAAAUAUUUAUAAUGAGAAAUGUAGACAAGUUAGAGAGGUGUAGAGAGAUAGAGGUGAGAUGAAGUGACAUUAUUGUUUUGUUUCUUGCCUAACACCUUUCUCUCUCUCCUUCUCUUGGCCUCUGCCUCCUCAAAAAGAGCCUAUAUUAAUGAACUGGUGAUGGUACAGGCCUAUAAUACCUUGUAACAACAUUUCAUCAUAAAAUCUGCCAACGCUGGUUCAAUUAUAAUCAUUGUCAUUGCUCAUGCUAAGCUUAGUAUUAUUAUUAUUAUUAUUAUUAUUAUUAUUAUUAUUAUUAUUAUUAUUAUUAUUAUUAUUACUAUUAUUAUUAUCAUGUCAUGCAUUAGUGUUUUCAUUUGUUUCCUGCGCUGUCAUUGGUGCAGGAAAUAUCAUGAUGUUUUGGUUGCAAGAGUCCAUGUAUAUAUAGAUUGAGCCAUCGUAUUCAUGUUUAUCAUUGUGUGGUGUUGUAAAUAUACUUUAUCUGUAAAUAAAAAAUGUAUCCUAU